AUGGACAACCUCAGCGACGCCGCCCAGACGGCCCGCCGCGCCGCCUUCUCCCGCGCCGUCGCCGAGGGGCGCCUCACGCCGCUCGUCAUUCCCUACAGUCUGCUGGGCGCCUUUUUCGUGCCCGUGCUGUGGCUCACCAUCCCUCACGCGCGCCGUCCCUGGCUCUACCACACGAGGUGGCUCGUCAUGGCCUUUGUCGUUGCCUUCAACAUCAACGUCAUCCGCCAAACGUCCAGCUCAAGGUUUGCCUUCGCCUACGCCACGGGCCUGAUGGCUGCCUGGGGCAUCAUCUCCAACUUGAGUCUCCUCAUCUGGACGCGUCCUCAGUUCGAUGCGGCAAGGGCCGUCCGCGUCUCCACCCGCCCAGCGCCAGUGCCUACGACAAAGGGCCCGAGUCGACAGGCCUCUGCGCGGUGGGCCGGAGAUGCGAGGCAGAGGCGACGGCGCCAAGUUUCUGUCGCAGACUCGACGGUGCAGCAACAGACGGCCGUCUUUGUCUGGCAACCAUUUCCCGCCGACGGCCCCUUUCUGCAGCGCCUCGGCUGGGCCUUGGAUCUGGCGUGCAGCUUUCGAGGCUCAGGUUGGAACUGGUCCAUAACGUCCAUUCCUCAUCCACAGAUCCCUCCCGUUGCCCGCCCGGGGGAGCUUGUGGACCUCGACUCGAUACCCCGGGUGAGCAAAAGCGGAUACGAGUGUUGCCUGACAGAAAGAGAAUUCGUGCGCAGACGGCUCGCCUCGGUGGCCGUCAUGUAUCUAGUCCUUGAUCUCGGCUCGGUCCUCAUGGUCAAGGAUCCCUACUUCGUCCUUGGACCGGGCCAUUCUGAUGAGACUCCAUCGUACCUUGGCGGUAUGCCACCAUGGCUAUUGCUUGCUUACAGGGAGCUGCUUACCGUGGCCGGUAUUCUAAGCGCCAUCCAGGGCUAUUUCAGUCUUCACGACCUGAUUCAGUAUUGGCUGUCAAAGCUCUGCUUCCCUAGCCGUGCAGCGCCGUGGUUCCACACCUCGGUCUUUGGAAGCUUCUCCCAAUUGCUCGAUCGAGGUCUUGCCGGCUGGUGGGGCGCGUCAUGGCAUCAGACCUUUCGACACCAGUUCCUUGCCCCCGCGACUUAUCUGGUCAAACACGGCUAUCUCAACAAGGGCAGCCGAUGGGCCGCCAUUACGGCUGCCUUCGUGUCUUUUCUCCAAUCUGGCCUGCUCCAUGCCUCGGGGAGCAUGACCUCGACCCCGGGGACCAAGCCCUGGCACCCGGUAGCCUUUUUCCUCCUCCAGGUAGUCGGUAUCAUCAUUGAGAAGACCCUGCACGGCGUCAUGGUUCGGUGUUUUCCAAAUCCGUCCAGGGUUGUGACCCGGGCCAUCAAUCUGCUCUGGGUGACGUCGUGGCUGUAUAUGACGGGCGUCUUCUUCGUUGACGACUUCGCCGCGACAGGGGCUUGGCUGAUGGAACCUGUCCCGAUGUCCCCCCUUCGCUGGUUAGGCUAUGGGCAUCCCACAGACCAUUGGUGGCGAUGGGACUGCCGUCACUUUUUCAAGUGGCACUCUGGAAAACAUUGGUGGGAGUCGGGAAUUGCCAUUUAG